UGUUUUCCGACGUGUUUAAAAAAAACUGGAUUUAAACGAUUGUAACUAUUAUUGAUGUGUUUAAAAUGAAAAACUAUCUUGUCCUUUUAUCGUUAACAAUUGCUGCCUUUAUGUGUAUAGGUAUUUAUUUCCAUAUCAUACAAUCGACAUCCACAGUAAAACCUGUGCAACAAAAUGUUCAGAAUAAUCAUCAGUUUGACCUGAGAGAAGUACAUUUACAACAAUUUGUGGCAAUUAUGAAACAACACCAAAUAUUGGCGAUUGAAACAAAACAGCAUGCGGAUGAAGGUACAUUGAUAGAACACCCAAGUAGUGUUACAAACAACGCAGUUUUGUUUACAAACAAAAGUGUUUUUGAUUUCAAUUGCAAUGCUUUAAUAAAAGGCGAUAAGAAUGAAAUACAUAAGUAUAUAACAUAUGUAAAAAAUGACAAUGUAAGUAAACUCACUGAUGUUAGUACUAAGUAUGUUAAUUUAACGUCGAACUGUACACACUUUGUGACACACAGAGGAUACAUCACAGACGCAUUUACAGAGGAAGAGAAACAGUUUCCGAUUGCUUUCAGUAUUCUGAUACAUACGGAAGUUAAGCAGGCUGAAACACUUUUACGUGCGAUAUACCGACCCCAGAAUCUUUACUGCAUUCACGUGGACACGAAAAGUAGUGCAGCGUUUUAUGAAGAAAUCCAUGCAAUUUCAUCUUGUUUUGACAAUGUUUUCUUGAGCUCUCAAAGGUUUGACGUGAAAUGGGGCACAAUGUCGGUCUUAGAACCAGAAAUUGAAUGUAUGAAGGAUCUUUGGAACAAAAGUGUGUCUUGGAAAUACUUUAUAAAUUUAACUGGCCAGGAAUUUCCAUUGCGAACAAACUUUGAACUUGUAAAAAUACUUAAAGCCUACAAUGGUGCAAAUGAUAUCUACGCAACAGUUAAAAGGGUUAACACGGAACGUUUGUCGAGUGCUGGACCAGCCCCUCAUAAUAUCCGACCUUCAAAAGGGGCCGUGCACAUAGCAGCCAGUAGGGGUUACGUGGAUUAUCUCCUCCAUGACCAAAGGGCAAAAGACUUACUAGAGUGGACACGAAAAACAGACAUACCUGACGAAACAUACUUUUCCACGCUGAAUAGCAACCCUCAUUUAAAUGUUCCCGGUUCUUAUAAUGGUAGCUUCGUAGCUGACCUAAACACAACACAACCCUCUUCAUUCACUCGCUACAAGUUAUGGAUAUUUGACGGGCACGAAGAACACUGCCAGGGACAGUUUGUGCGAAAUAUCUGCAUUUUUGGAGUCGGAGAUUUGCCAGGAUUAGCCGAAAGUGAAAUGCUAUUUGCCAACAAAUUUUUCCUCGAUUUUCAACCAUUGGCCCGAGAGUGUUUGGACGAACUGUUGAACAAUCGAACUAGGGAGGAAUAUUUAGGAAAUCUUUAUUUCAAUGACAGUUUUUAUGCACAGCAAGACUUUGUGAUUAAUCAAGUACGAUUGAGCUGAUAUCAUGAGAACGCACAAUUACAGUGCUAUUUUAUCUUAAGGGCGAAGGUUGAAAGCAUAAUAGCCUACAUUUAUGAUAAAUAUGUGCCCGCUUUUCUUGUAGGCAGGAAUGAUUUGUUUUAGAAUAAUGUUCAAUAUUACUGAAUGUUUAUUAUGCGCAUAACUUUGUUUUGUUCAUGAAUCUUACCAUCAGAAUAAAAAAUAAUAAUCUAUAA